AAACAAACUAGCAAAACGCAACACUAUAUACAUUUUCCAAUAUUUAAUUUGUUGCUUCUAUAGUUGAAGUUGAUCAAUCAAUUGUGUAACUAAUUAGGAAGGGCGGGAAAGGAGUAGCCAUCCGAUUUUAAAAAUGCCCAUUCAACGAAUAGCGAUUGGAAACCCGGGUGAGGCGAGCCACCCGGAUGCGCUCAAGGCGGCCUUUGCCGAGUUCAUUUCCAUGCUCAUUUUUGUUUUUGCCGGUCAAGGCUCGGGCAUGGCUUUCAGCAAAUUGACAGACGGCGGAGGAGCAACUCCUUCAGGGUUAAUAGCAGCAGCAUUAGCCCACGCAUUGGCACUUUUCGUGGCAGUUUCAAUUAGCGCCAAUAUCUCCGGUGGCCACGUCAACCCCGCUGUCACAUUUGGAGCCUUUCUUGGUGGCAACAUCACUCUUCUCAGGAGUAUCGUUUAUUGGAUUGCUCAAUUGCUUGGAUCUAUCGUUGCUUGUGUCCUUCUAAAAUUUGCCACUGGUGGAAUGGAAACGUCUGCAUUCGCUUUGUCAACUGGGGUGUCAGUGUGGAACGCGAUGGUGUUCGAGAUGGUGAUGACCUUCGGGCUGGUGUACACUGUCUACGCAACUGCAGUGGAUCCAAAGAAGGGCGAUUUGGGCACUAUUGCGCCCAUUGCCAUUGGUUUCAUUGUUGGGGCUAAUAUCUUGGUCGGUGGGGCAUUUGAUGGGGCAUCCAUGAACCCAGCUGUAUGUUUCGGUCCCGCAUUUGUGAGCUGGUCGUGGACCCACCACUGGGUUUACUGGUUCGGUCCAUUUGGUGGUGCAGCCAUUGCAGCUCUCGUCUAUGACAACAUCUUCAUUGGCAAUCAUCAUCAUGAGCAGCUUCCUGUUGCUAACUAUUAGAAGCCACUCAUGGUUCCUUUAUUCUUUUUUGUUAUAGUUCUCCAUUUUUUUUCUCAUUUUUACAUAGGGAUUUGCAUUUUUUGUGUUUGGUGGUGAAUAAAUCGGUGAUAAAGAACAUCCAAGAUAUGAUACAUUGAUACUGCAUGCUAACUCAUAUGAAACAUGUUAAUCAAAGGAUGCACAAGCCAGGAGGCCUAGGGCUCAUUUGGCUGAAACUGUUGAUAUUGUUGAAAUUUCUAAAAAGAAAAGCAUUUGGUAAAUUACAUUUCAGCCAAUAAGUAGGCCAAACGCUACCUAUUCUACUGCCUUCACAGCAGUACAUCUUUUAAGAAUUUG